UCCUGUGCAACAAAACGAGCACACCCAGGCUCAUCCCAGACCGAUGCCAUAACGGAGCCGAGGGUAAAGAGAGCACAACAGCUCAGUUUCAUCGAGUCAGAGACACGCAGAGAGAGAGAGCGAGAGACCUUCAUUUUCACGAGCCACAAUGGGGAAGCUGUGUGAGGUUGCAGUUGUCGCCCUCCUUAUUAUGGUUUUCCUGAACACUGAAUCCACAUGGGCUAAAAAGAGUGGAGGCUUCAGCAGCAGUGGCAGCAAAGGAAAGCCGUCGUCCACCAACAGGGGUGGGUCACAUUCGAAACCAUCCAGCUCUCAGCCAGGAAACUAUCCUCGACAGCCGCAGACUCCCAAUCGAAACCCCAACCCCUACCCUGCUGGUGGAAGCUACCCUGGAGCAGGCAACACCAACCCAGGGGGGUAUCCCAGGCAACCCCCCGCAAGUAAUCCAGGAGCUGGUAGUUACCCCAAUCAGGGAGGAUAUCCCAACCAAAAUCCAGGCAGAGGAAAUCCUAACCAAAAUCCAGGUGGAGGAUAUCCUAACCAGUACCCGGCAGGUGGUGGGUACCCAGCCGGUGGCUAUCCCAACCAAAAUCCAGGUAGAGGAUAUCCUAACCAAAAUCCAGGUGGAGGAUAUCCUAACCAGUACCCGGCAGGUGGUGGGUACCCAGCAGGUGGCUAUCCCAACCAAAAUCCAGGCAGAGGAUAUCCUAACCAGUACCCGGCAGGUGGUGGGUACCCAGCAGGUGGCUAUCCCAACCAAUAUCCAGGCAGAGGGUAUCCUAACCAGUACCCAGCCGGUGGUGGGUACCCAGCAGCCGGUGGUGGCUACCCAGGUGGUUAUCCCAACUGGAACCCAAAUAAUAAGAUCCACAGCCCACAUUAUGGUGGUGGGGGAGGAGGCUAUGGACAUGGCGGUUAUGGGAUGGGAGGGUCGCCGUUCUCUCGAUCUGUGCAGAACAUGGGAUACAAGCCAAAGUCAUCAGGUUUUGCCAAAAAAGCCAUCGUCGCAGCAGGUGUCGGUGCCGUGGCCGGAAUGGCCGUUGGCUACGGUCUAGGCCGCUUCCCUCGACCACAUUUCAAUUUCCGCAGCCCAGAAGAGGAGCACUACUACAACAACUACAUGUACCGCCGCUAUGGCUCCCGCUCUACAGAUGAAAAGGAUUAUGGCCGUGAUUUUGAGUACAAAAUUCCACCACGGGCAGAGUCGUACGACAGCUUCAUAGAGCGCUGCAUGAAUAGGUCUGACCUGCUGAAAAAUCAGGGCAACAGCUCUUCCGGUGGGGACGACGACACCGUUGGCAUUGAAGAAAUUGGAUACCCGGCUCUGAUUGAGCAAAUGAAGAUGCGUCGCUGUGUGGAGAAUUUCAUGGUUUAUUCAGAGCAAUUUCUGGUGGAACGAAAAGCCGAGCAACAAAUGAAUCCCAGGAAUCGUAGCAGCCUACUGAGCUGUGGGCUGGUCGAGCUGCUCACCUCCCUUGCCAUGCUCCUGUCCAGCAUGCUUGUUCUCCAGUGAGAACAAUUAGCCUCUCUUUCACCAAACCCCAUAUGGGUUUUCUAUUUCCUCCAUUAUACUGUAUGUGCAUGACCGCAAUUUACUUAUAAAUAUUUGUCUCCACUUAACCGUGUACAUCCUGUUGGAGCUCGUUUUGUCAUAUUUAGUGAAGCACUUUGUGUCACUGCAGACUAACAAACGGUAUGGAAAUGUUUAUGUGUGAAUCAUAAAAAAAAAAGACGCAGUAGUCAGUUUAAAAUGGGUUAUUUUUGGGCUGUGCAUUUUGCAUCUCCUCUUUUAUUUAGCGCCGCAAACACAGAGAACAGAUUCAGGGUUUGUGUUUUUGUGACAAUUUAUUACGAUUAUAGUUAUACCUGCUACUGUAUACAAUGGGAAUGUAUCUGACUUUUAUACACUGUAUAUAUACAUAGACCAUGUAUUCACCCUUUCACCAGUAACAAAAUAUGGGCAAAUUAGUUUAAUGCAAGUUAAAGUCAAGGUCUGAAUAAUGAAUAUUUGCACAGAUGCCAGUGCGUUUUCAGUUUUCUCAACUUUUCAAAACUUUGUAUCACUGUUUAUCACUGUAUAUCAUUCAUACAUUUAUUAAUGGGAUAGCUUUACAUUACAAUUUUCCAGUGGUGUCCACAGCCUGAAUGUGAUAGUGGGUUGGAACCUACUACUACUGUUUUGUGAUGCCCAAGAGUUACCACAAUGAUAUUGUGAGAUGAUAAAAGCCUUAUGGAUUCCCUAGACAUCGUCAUUAAGGCCCUAACAUUUAUAAACAACAUUAAUUAACCUGGGAGACAUUGGAAGCGUAUGUUUUGCACAACGGAAGAUUUUUCCCAUGUACACAUUUGUUUGAUUAUUUAAAAAAAAAAAAAAAUCACAUAAUGAAAUCAAAAUAAAAGGAUUACAUGAAGAGCAACUGUGGAGAUUCUCAUUUAUCCAGGUCAUGAGGUCCAGCCACUCCUGGUUUUACAUGUUUGAAUUUAUGCAGAGUAGGUGUGUCAUUUCUCUCUCAGGUAUGUGUUGCCCUUUUGUUGGUUGUGUUUGUUGUUUUGCUGCCUGUAAAGUCCCACAGUGCAUCUGAUAACUCUUGAAAGAGGAAACUGGAUGCCUCCAACGGUGACGAUGCCUCUUGUUGAUAAUGCUCAAUUAAACCGAGAAGGCUUUUAUGAUUUCAUUGUUCCAUAGCAAUUUUCACUUUGCAACACCCUCUUAACUGUCACACUCGCAUACUCGUAACUGGAGGCACUGGCGCCGACUUGAAAAAGUUUGGAAAUCACUGGAAAUUACAGAGGGUGUUUGAUUUUCAUUGGACAUGAAUAUAGCCUCAUUUGAAUGAAAUUGAUGUUUCAGUGAAAAAUUCCAGGCUGGAAUGUUUCGUCCUCCUGUAGCUGCUGUGAGUUUUAAAAAACACCUUAGUUUGUUUCACUCCACCUCAUUCUGCUAAUGAUGUACAGCUCUGUGCAGUACACACAGUUGUGUGUCUGGUGCAUUUUUGUGUAUUUUUUUUGUUUCAUUAUAUUUUCUUUCUUUCUCUCCAUCUGGAUAACAAGGUCCAUUGUUUAGUGUGUAAUAUCCGACAUAUAUAUUACUGUGUCAAGUCAAGAGCAGUUGAGUCUGUCCAGCCACUGUGCGGUUUAUCUAAAGUGACAUAUACACAUGUUUUGUUGUGAUGAUUCUUCUUUUGUUGUUGGUUUUCUUGUACACCCACAGUUUUUCCAUUUCUGGUAAAAUUCAGUUGAUUUGAAAUCCUGGUUAUGUCAUUGCUGUAACAUUUGUUAAGUGCACUUAUUUCCCUUUCGGACUGGAUAUUUUGUAACUGCAUUGCGGAGCUUGCACUGAGAUUGUAGACAUCUGUGUGUGUUUGUUUUUGUUUUGUUUUUGUGUGGUUUUUACAUUUGUGUAAGCUCCACUCAACUCAUUUUGAGAUUAGUAUGAUUCAAAUAUUUGUCAUGGACAUUUACUUGUGAAAUAAACAUAAAUAAAGUAA